AUGUCGCACAAAAGAACCGCCCCUGACAACUGGGCAUUACACCAACGCGUUGUCUUUGGGCAACAGAUGCUCCAGGGCACCACCAACAUGCUCGAUAAGUUGAGGCGCAUAUCUCUGAAUAUCAUUGACCGAGGUGAGAACCUAGGAGCUCAGGGAGCAUCUCCGUCUCAGCAGCAAAAUGUAUGCACCACAACACAAGAUUCAAGCCAGGUUAAUCAAGAACAGGUGGGCUUGAUGGUAGUUCUGAACAACAAUAAUAUCUUGAACAUCAAUUCCACGGAGCUUAGUCCAGUGACGACACCUGGGCAGUUCACCCAGUGGCCGAUGCAAUUUCCGAGUCAACACCAACAGCAGGCCAAGCAACUGCAGCCCACAAACAUUGCCGGAUGCAACCCAGCUAGUUUGCCUAUGCAGCUUCAGGGACAAAAUUUUCAGCAGAAUCAAGUACUUGAGCAGAAUUGCAGUUGGGCUGGUACACAACAGAGGCAAAUGGCAGUGACUCAGCAGCAGCAGCAGCAGCAGGAGGCACAGCUGAUGAGACUGAAUCAACAAUGUAUUGAUCUAAUGAGGAUGACAAAUCAACAAUGUAUUGGAGAAAACCACCAGCAGCAGGAACAGUUGAUGAGGAUGACAAAUCAACAAUGUAUUGGAGAAAACCACCAGCAGCAGGAACAACUUAUGAGGAUGAAUCAACAAUGUAUUGAGCUGGCGAGGAUGAAUCAACAAUAUGUUGUACAAAACCAGCAGCAGUCAGCAGAGCUGACGAUGAUGAAUCAGCAAUGUAUGACAGGAAACCAGCAGCAGAAUUGCAUCCAGAGGAACCAAAUUCUUCGAACACAACAACAAGGCUGUGCUGCCAGGAUACAAAUUGGUCAUCCUGAACUUCAGAAAUGUCAGGAAAAUGUUGGGAUGGAAUGUCAUUCUCUGACUCCCCUUCACGGGCAAGUUGUCGCAGCUCAGCAAAGCGUUGUUUGUCAUAGCACUCAAACAUCAGAGCAGAUGAUAAGUUCUGGGGAAGAGCAUUGGAGGGAAGAAAUAUUUCAGAAGAUUUUGUCACUCAAGGAUUCUUACCUUUCUGAGCUUUUGGAAUUCGAUCGAAUGGUCAAGGUUCCGAAGAUUUCAAAGGAGCGAUUCAGUUCAUUACCUGCUAGCCAAGCCGGGAAAUUUAAGCGUGCAGUGCAGGUCAAGAAAGCUAUCAGAAAGAUGUUGGGAUUGUUGAAUACCCAGAAAAGCGACGUGCAUAAGGGUUUGGAGGAUGAGAUAAAUAAAUUCAUAAACACCAUGGAGCAGUUGCGAGGUUGCUUGGUAAGAAAAAAUGUUCAGAAUAAAGCGACAGAAACAGGAUGCCAGUCGCAGAAUUGCGAUCAGCAGCCUCAAAUCAGCAAUCUUACUGGCAAUGCAUCCCCAUUUACAUGUGAUGAAAGACAUCAAAGGCAAGAAGAGCAACUUACAGAUGCUAAAACUCCCAAGAUAGGGCAGGCAGUCAUGACCCAAACACCAACAGUUCACCAAGAAAAUCAUGGCUACAACCUGCUAGGAGUUCCAAGCCCUUGUUUGUCACCACUAUCAGUACAACCUUUGUCAACCAAUCCCCCUGAGGACUGCUUCAUCCCAUCCCCUGUAACCAGUACAGGGGCAGUUCAAGCUCAAGCAGCUGCUUCACCCAGUGCUUCAGUGAAAUCACCUGUCUCCAAGCCAGGUGCUGCAUGGUGUGCUUCCAUGAAGUCCAGAUUGGCAUCGCCCACAAGCAGGCCAGAAGCUGCACAUGUUGCCUCUAUACAAGUUGAUUCACCCCUUCCUGCUGCCGUGCCAUCUGAAUUGCUGCAGUCUCCUGUUGGCGAGCCACAGAUUGGAGAAGCCGGUGCACCAUUGGCAGAACACGAUGUUACUGAAUUCUUGGUGCACAGCACUGAAGCAGCUGCAGAACACAGUGGUUGUAACCAGGCCGCUCCUCCUACUGAACAAUUGGAAGAAACAGCACCAAUUGAAGCAGGUCAUAACGCACAGGAUCAGGUGGGCCAUGGAGAUGAAAGAAUGGAAGCCGACAAGCCCAUCAGCCGCCUAAUUCAAGCAAUCUUGUCUUCAUCACCACAACUGCUCCUUGACACAGCUAAUUCCAUGGAAUGGGUUAUCAGGGAAGCUUCUCUGGUGCCAUUGGCAUUAAGCGGCACGGAUGUCAGUUCCAUCAGUAUUGGGUUCCAUGACUUUUCGAGGAGUGAACAUACCGCGAAGAGGCAAAAGACACAAAUGAAUGCCAACGAUGACAGUUUCAAAAAAAAGAAAGCCAACGAUGCGCUGCUGCACGAGAUCGAAACUACCAACAGAAAGCUGGUUGAUACUGUGAUCAGUAUUGCUGAUGAAGAUGAGGCAGAAGAGACCAUUCCUGAAAAUGGUGGUGGCACAUUGAUUGAGCUCUCGUACAGUGCCGUGUCUCUCACACCGAGCCUGAAAUCUCAUUUGGCAACAUCUGAAAUGCCCAUUGUCACGCCAGUAAAGCUGUUCGUCCCCAUGGAUUAUCCGAGAAGCUCUCCGAUGCUUGUGGACAAUGACGGAGAAGAUGGAAAUACCAGGGAGUUGAGUGACUUCUCGCUGGUCGUCGGCGUGGCAUUCCAACGAGCCCUCGCUGAGCUGCCGGAGCCGAGGACGAUCGAGGCGACGGCGAGGGCGUGGGACGGCUGCGUGCGGCGGUUCGUCAUCGAGGUCGCACGCCGGCACGGCGGAGGGACCUUCAGCUCCGUCCACGGCGAGUGGGUGAGCUGCACGAUGAGCCCGUAGCGCUAAGUUGUAGACUUCACCCAGUGAGUGUAGGCUGUGUUUCUUUGCAUAUAUUUUUUUUUCUCGUAUCUUGUACGCACGCUUAUCCACCGUGGAGCGGUGCAUUUCACAGAAAAAGACAAAUUCAUAUGUAUACAGCGGGAACAAAUGAUAGAGA